ACCAGCUGAAUGAAUGUAGCAAAAGAGAGAGAGAGAGAGAGAGAAAAUAAAAACACUACAAGUGUUGGGAAGUUUCUCUGGGAAUAGAUCAAUAACGAUUAGACAGUAAGUGCCAGGAGAACGGGAGGAGCUGCACUUUGUGAUUCCAUUUCCUCCACGGAUCGCCAGCAGGGCUCAUCAACAUCAUCCUGAUGCCUCCAUCCCCUCUAGACGAACGGAUUGUUGGGGUGGUGGCAUUGCCGAGGCCGGUCAGACCGCAGGAGCUCCAUCUCCGUUUGGAUCACACCUACGUGGCGGCUUCUCCACCACCACCACCUCCUCCUCCUCCUUCUCGUCCCGGAGCGGUGAGUGCGGCAGCUGGCCAUCCGAAAGCUCAGAGCCUGGCGGAGGCGGCGGCUCCGCUCCCGUCCCGAAGCGGCAACUUUCCGUAUAUGCCAUCAUCUAACGGCUCGGUGCGCUCCCUGUCCUGCGGAUGCAGCGGCGCUAGUUGCUGCACGGUGAGCACCUACCCCCCCAACAAGGGCGACCCGAGCCCGGGCUCGGUGGUGGGCGGCAGCCACCCUCUACCAGCCCCGGCUGCUGCUGCUGCUGCCUCCGCCGCCGCCAAACCCGGCUGCCCUUCUUGCGCCGGCAGCCCGAUGGUGAGCGGCAAUGAGAACGGCGGCUCUGCAAGCCCCCCGGCUCCCGGAGUCGGAGGGAGCCCGUCCCCUCCGGCCGCUGCGGCCGUCCGCACCAUCCCCCCGGCCGAGCUGGCCAAGAAACUGACCAAAAGCGGCGGCAUCAAGGGCCCCCCGUCUCAGAGCCAGGGUCCGGUCAUCAUCGACUGUCGCCCCUUCAUGGAAUACAACAAGAGCCACAUCCAGGGAGCCGUCCACAUCAACUGCUCGGACAAGAUCAGCAGGAGGAGGCUGCAGCAGGGCAAGAUCACCGUCUUGGAUCUCAUCUCCUGCAGGGAAGGCAAGGACUCCUAUAAAAGGAUAUUCUCCAAGGAGAUAAUAGUUUAUGAUGAGAACACUAUUGAGCCCAACCGGGUGCUGCCCUCUCAGCCACUCCACAUAGUGCUGGAAUCGUUGAAACGAGAAGGCAAGGAUCCGCUGGUUUUAAAAGGUGGACAUAGCAGUUUCAAGCAACACCACGAGAAUCUCUGUGAUCAUUCUCUGCAACUUCAGGAGUGCCCAGAUGCAGGGGCAGCCUCAGCAAUUCCAACUCAACUACCUCAGUCCAUCCCCACUACCCCUGACAUUGAAAAUGCCGAGCUGACCCCCAUCCUACCCUUCCUGUUUCUUGGAAAUGAGCAGGAUGCUCAGGAUAUUGAAAAAAUGCAGCGGAUGAAUGUUGGCUACAUUAUCAAUGUAACUACCCAUCUGCCUCUUUACCAUUAUGAGAAAGGUAUCUUCCGUUACAAGCGGCUACCUGCCACUGAUAGCAACAAGCAGAAUCUCAGGCAAUACUUCGAAGAGGCCUUUGAAUUCAUUGAGGAAGCACACCAGUGCGGUAAGGGGCUUCUCAUUCACUGUCAAGCUGGUGUUUCUCGUUCUGCUACAGUAGUUAUCGCCUACCUGAUGAAGCACACACGGAUGACCAUGACCGAUGCCUACAAAUUUGUGAAAGGAAAAAGACCAAUUAUUUCCCCGAACCUCAAUUUCAUGGGACAAUUGCUGGAGUUUGAAGAAGACCUGAACAAUGGUGUCACUCCUCGUAUUCUCACACCAAAGCUGGUCGGGGUGGAAACUGUUGUCUAACAUGACCUGGCUGCCUUUUUGUAGUUUAUUUUUAAAAUGAUCCCCUCGCUGCUUUGCAGUGUCUUAUAGAAUGCUGGAACUGAGAACCUAAGACUGACUGACUGCACAGUCAUUACUUGUGGAGUUAUACAGUUGAUGGUCUGUGCAGGUUCAUAGACAGCAGCAAACAACUGGAAGUGAAGUGAAGGGAAGAAAGUGUUGAUGAUGAUGAUAUGGUCUGGAGACUACUCAAGGAAUCUCCUUUUAACUAUCCAAAGGUUGCCAAAGCAGAUUGGUUGCAGUGACAGAACCCAACACAUGUGGCUGCUUCUAAUCUCAAUUUAAGCUAAUGAAGAAAGAUGUAAUGUGAAACCUGAUUUUGUAUGUUCAGGUUCUGUUGACGGUUAUAUUUUUCUAUGAGGGUUGAAGCGAAUAUUGGGAGUUAAAUUAAAAAUGGUCUCAUUAAUUACAUGCCCUUUUUGAGGCUUAUUGUGCAAUAAUUGAUUUGCGUGUGAAAUACCAAAUGGAUGGAACUGGGUGCCUAUUCCUUCAUGUAAAUAGACAGUAACGUGCACCUACUCCGAACUUAGGGGGAAAAUUAAAACAAUGAAAAGCAAUUUUUGUUCAGAUUCUGGUCUGAGUACCAUAUGUACUGAUGCAACUUCUUUGAAAUAUGUUGGGUCAGAAUGUUAAAGUAAAAUGUUAUUUAAUAUUUUUCACAA